AUGGCCCUCGCCACCGCCGCGGCCGCCGCGGCCAUCUCCAUCCACCCAUUCCUCAGCCGCCCGGCCAGCGUGCUCCGGUGCGGCCGCCGCGUCCCGCCGCUCCUCCUCCUCCGCGCUACCUCCUCGGCCUCCUCCGCCUCGGACUUCAACAUCACCUUCGCGGAGCCCGCGCCCGCCCCGUCCAAGCGCUCGCCCGGCGGCCCGUCCGCGCAGCCGCUGGUUCCGUGGAUCGCGCGCGGGGCCGACGGCAAGCCAUCCCUCCACACCUCGCCGCCGCCGGACGUCCUCCAGGCCGUCGCCGCCGCGGAGGCGGAGGCCAAGAGGGCCGCCAAGAGGGGCCAGAGGCAGGGCCCCGCCGCCGACGCCCCCGUCGCCAGCGUCAGGGUCAAGGAGAAGAAGGCCUCCCCGACCGCGCCGCCCAAGUUCUCCAAGGCGGCCAGAAGGUUCUACAACGAGAAUAUCAAGGAGCACGAGCCGCAGCGCCUCGCCAAGGUCCUCGCCGCCGCAGGAGUGGCCUCAAGAAGGACCAGCGAGGAGCUCAUCUUCCAAGGGAAGGUGACUGUCAAUGGUUCUGUCUGCACUGCUCCCCAGACCAAAGUAGACAUCUCAAAGGAUUCUAUCUACGUUAACGGGAAUCGCAUUUCCAAGAAGCUGCCUCCAAAGCUCUAUUUUGCUGUGAACAAGCCAAAAGGGUAUAUUUGCUCGUCUGGUGAAGAGAAGUCUGUUAUCUCCUUAUUGGAUGACUAUUUGAAAGGAUGGAACAAACUUCAGCCAGGAGUACCAAAACCCCGCUUGUUUACUGUGGGUCGUCUUGAUGUUGCCACAACUGGUUUGAUAAUAGUUACAAAUGAUGGUGAAUUUGCCCAGAAAGUCUCACACCCUUCUUCAAACAUAACAAAGGAAUAUGUAGUAACUAUAGAUGGAGCAGUGCACAAGAAACACCUUGUAGCUAUCAGCGGAGGAACAGUAAUUGAUGGUGUUAAGGUUGUUCCUGAUUUAGUAGAGCCACUGGAUGCCCAAGCUGACACAAAAAGGACGCGACUUAAAAUAGUGGUUCAUGAAGGAAGAAACCACGAAGUUCGUGAACUUGUGCAGAAUGCAGGACUAAAGGUCUACGCUUUGAAACGUGUUCGGAUAGGCAGGUUCCGCCUCCCAUCAGACCUGGGAAUUGGGAAGAUGGUUGAACUUAAAGAAGCUGACAUCAAGGCACUAGAUGGCAACAGCUAG